UACUCUCCCAUGACAAGUUAGUGUUAGUCAAACUUGGAUAACCUGACUUCUACUGUCUUGAAACCUUUCACCUUGUUUGCUCGAUCAACAAAUAGAAUAUAAUCACCUCUCUCUCUUCCAUCCAACCCAAAACCCAACAACUCUCGGUAUUUCCUUCAAUGGCGAUUCAACUGUGCUCCACCAAAUCACUCCUCUUUCUCUUCCUCAUCUCUGCCCUUCCCAUCGCCUUCAUAAUCUCUUUGGAGCUCUCCCAGUCGCCCACACAUGUCUUCCACUACCACAGCUCCGGCUUCUUCCGCGAGUGCGCCAAGUGGGACGAUCUCAACCGUCGAUUCCUCGUCGGGUUCAUGGAGGGCGGCGUCGGUCAAAUCAAGGUCCCCGACGAUUACUCCCCCGGCACCGUUUUAGAUGAGGUUAUCGUGGUCAAAGACGUUGACUUGGCCGGAAAUGCUUCUCUCGGAGUACUCCUUGACCGCCCCAGGAAUCGGCUCCUCGUAACCAUCAGCGAUGUUAUUAAGGGACGGUAUGCUGCGCUGGCGGCUUAUGACUUGUCCACGUGGCGGAGAUUGUUUCUAACGCAACUCAGCGGCCCGAGCGAGAAGACUAUGGCAGAUGAUGUUGCAGUUGAUGCAGAAGGAAAUGCUUAUGUUACUGAUGCCAGAACCAGCAGAAUUUGGAAGGUUAGCGCUGAAGGCAAGUUCCUAUACACCAUCACAAAUCCACUCUUCAACGUAAAGGAAUGGUAUAGAAAUUUCAUGGCCACACUAAAUGGAAUUGUCUAUCAUCCUGAUGGAUACUUGCUUGUCAUCCAUACUGGUAGUGGCAAUUUGUAUAAGGUCGAUAUUGCCAAAGGCGAUGGAGUUAAGCUCAUUCCAGUGAACGGGUCGUUGAUAUUUGGAGAUGGAAUUGAGCUGUCAUCUCCAACUAAGCUUGUAGUUGCAGGAAACCCUACUGGGAGAUUGGUCGAGAGCUUAGACGGGUGGGAAACAGCUGCCGUUGUGAGCAAGUUUAAAGGGCCUGCUCAUCGGUUUGCCACUGCAGCUACUGUUAAGGAUGGAAAGGUUUAUGUUAGUCACAUGAUCGGUAUGGGGUACCCGGCGAAGAAACAUGCACUUGUUGAGGCAGUUUUUUCUACUUGAUCUAGUGGAAUACAGAGUUCUUCACGUUACAUUCAUGAGUUGACAUGGUUUGAUUGUGUUAGUGAUAGGUUUUGGGGUUGUUACGUGUGCUGUGUAAGGAAUAUUCAUCAUUUUUAUAAAUGAAUCACUGAGUUUCAAAUCCUUGUUCUUAGGUUCUGAAUAUCAAGUCUGAGUAAAUCCAGUCCGUUUUGGGCUAAGGUGUUGUACGACUCGUUCUUCUUAGGCCGUCGUUAUUGACUCUUAGGCUCAUAAAACGUUUUGGUUGUGUGAGAGAUUAAAUAUUUACUUAUAUGUCAUUUGGUGAUGGUAAA